CGGAGGAGGGCAGUUCUGAGCAGGGUGGCAUAGUAAGGAGGUUAGGAGACUGUGAGGGGGAGGUCCACACGGUCCAACUGAUGAAGAUGGAAUAUGCCAUGAAGUCCCUCAGCCUUCUCCACCCCAAGUCCCUGUCCAGGUAUGUGGCAGUGAGCACCUCAGCAGUGACCCAGCAGCUGCUGUCGUUGCCCAGCCAGGAGGUCCUCAGAGCCCGGCCCUGCAGAGUGAGCACCAAGGACCGGAGUGUGCGGAAGGGCCUCAUGGCGCACAGUCUGGAGGACCUCCUCCACAAGGUCCGGGACACCCUGAUGCUGGAGGAUAAGCCCUUCUUCCUGGUGCUGGAGGAAGAUGGCACAGCUGUAGAGACAGAAGAGUACUUUCAGACCCUGGCAGAUGACACAGUGUUCAUGGUCCUCCUGAAAGGGCAGAAAUGGCAGCCCCCAUCAGAGCAGGGUUCUCGGUACCAACUCUCUCCUUCCCGUAAGCCUGCCAAGAAGAUUGAUGUGGCCCGUGUAACUUUCGACCUGUACAAGGUGAACCCACAGGAUCUCAUUGGCUGCCUGAAUGUAAAGGCGACUCUCUAUGGCACAUACUCUCUUUCCUACAAUCUGAACUGCUACGGGGCCAAGCGCAUCAUGAAGGAAGCUCUUCGCUGGGCCCUCCUCAGCAUGCAGGCCACAGGCCACGUACUGCUCGGCACUUCCUGUUAUAUGCAGCAGCUUCUGGAUGCCACAGAGGGAGAGCAGCCUCCCAAGGGCAAGGCUCCAUCCCUUAUCCCAACCUGUCUGAAGAUGCUACAAUGAAGACCCAACUCUUGGAGGCCUUCUCUUGGCAAGGACUAGACCAGAGGCCCCAUGCUGAGCUGGUAGCACCCACAAGCCUGGCAGUUAGAGAGCUUCUUACCUCCCUACAACUCCCUCAUUCCCACAGAACUAUGAAUGUGGAAGCAAGGGUAAGGGUUGGAAACCUGGCAUGGGCUGUCCAAAGGAGAACUGAGGGGAUUUGGCCUGGCCCAGCUCCUUCCUGUCCAAGGUAGCUUAGCUGACCAAGACUGGUCACCAACAUACUGGGCAUGAAGCCUGCCCCUCAGCUACCUGCCUUCACAUGCUGUACUUUCAUCACAUUCCCUACUUCUUGGCCACCAUCCCUAGUACACCAGAGUGAAUUGUCAGGCCCACUAGCGUAUGAUAUUAGAGAGUUCACAAUAAAUGAUUUACACUGAUA